AUGUAUGCAGCCGUAGUCGCCCCGGCCCUGUGUCUGAUUCAACAUGAGCAACGCUUCGAACCAUCUCGUGUCAACAGACGUGUGACCACCAGCAUAAAUGAUGUCUGGAUGUACUUCCAGAAUGUACGCGGUCUGAAAACAAAAAUCGAUGACCUCAUCGUAGCGAUUUGUGAUUGUAAUUAUGAGGUCAUUAUCCUGAUCGAAACCGGUCUUGACGACAGUGUCAACUCGCUACAACUUUUUGGAACCGACUUUAACGUUUUUCGUUGCGACCGUAGUCCACGUAAUAGUCGCAAAACUACAUUAGGAGGAGUGCUUAUUGCAGUGUCAAGUCAUCAUAAAUCUGUUGAGGUACGCACAAUGCAUGGCAAUAAUCUCGAACAAGUUUGUGUGUCUGCCUGUAUUCGUGAAAAGCGGUUAAUGCUUUGCGCCGUUUAUAUACCUCCCGAUCGAAGUCAGAAUGUAGGUGUUAUUGAUGCGCAUCUAUCUACGCUGCAUGAGCUACGUGACAUAAUGCCUGAUGGUAAUCUUCUUCUUGCUUGUGGCGACUAUAAUCAGCCUAACAUCACAUGGGAUUUGCUUGACGACGAAGCCUUAAGUCAGGAAGCUUCCACGAUGUCUGCUGCCAGCGCUGCUCUAGUUGAUGGUUUGAAUUUCCUGCACUUUCGGCAAUACAACUCAGUUCGCAACUAUCGGGGUCGGAUCCUGGAUUUGGUUGUAUGUGAUGCUAAUUGCAAUAUUGUUGUGAACGAUGCGAUAUGCCCAUUGUUACCUAUUGAUCUGUAUCAUCCUCCGCUAUUAUUCUCCUUACCAACUCUAACCGAUUGUGAGGACCGUGCUAACUGUGAAUCAUAUGACCCUAUUCAACAGCCGCUAGACUACUCCAAAAUCGAUUUUGCCAUGCUCAACGAUUAUCUGCAGAGUUGUGACUGGAACAGUAGGCUGGCAACAAAUGACGUUAAUGAUAUGGCUGCAACAUUUUGCCAUAUUAUUUGCAAUUGGCUUAAUGACAAUACUCCGAGACGAAAACCUGCUGCCUCUCCUGUUUGGAGCUCUCCUCCACUGCGACUUUUGAGACGCGACAAAAAUUCCUGUCAGCGUAAACUCCGCCAAUAUCGAACCACUGAAACUAAACGCAACUUUCAUCGUGCUUGCAACUCCUAUAGAAAGCUCAAUUCAGCCCUCUACAAGUCGUAUGUCUUGCGUGUUCAGACCAAUUUGCGUCGAAAUCCCAAAAGUUUCUGGAACUUUGUGAACUCCAAACUGGGACCAUUGUCCGCGUUGCUUUCACCGAGCAACAAUGUCCAAGAAAACACCGAUGUGGAGGGUCAGGAUAAGCACAGCACGAAGCUGGAAAACUCGCCUCAAUACCGAUCCGAUCUCGAGUGA